UCUCGAAAAGAGAUCACUCAGGGCCAGGCAGGGCGAGCCAUGCAGGAUCUUUGCGAGCAAUUGAUGUUGCCAGUUUCACAAAGUUUGAGCUAUACUGAAUGGAUGCAGGCAGUAGAUGCAAUCGACAGUGCAAGGGAUUUGGCGCAAGUCACACGCUGUGGGAAAGCAUCUCUUAUGCAAGUCUCUGAAAGACUCCAACAGUGGAAGACAGGAGGGGAAGGCGAAGGGAGACCGAAAGACAGGUCGAAGGAGAAGUUGCUGACAGAUUGCUGCCAUACCUUUAUCGAACACUGCGCAGAGAUUGUUGAGAUGUCAGGUGCAACUCCCAAAUUGGCAUCCAACUUACUGGGUGCAUCGAUUCGAAUGGCAGAGGUUGUUGGAAAAACAGGACUUCUGCUCUGCGCCAUGGAAUCCGAGUUCACUCAACUCUCAGACAAAGUAUCUAGAAUUGAGCUAGUCUAUGAAGUGGCGGUAAAACGUGUUGAACUCGUGGCUGGUGAAAUAGCUCAGCUGCAAAAGCAGGCCGACUCUGCUGGAGCCCGCGCGGAAAUGGCACUGAAACGCGAAUCGCAACUGAAGCUCCAAUGCCAAGAGUUGAAACGGAGUUUGCAAAGGCAAACGACAAAUAGGAAUGACAGGUCACCCAAGCGAGUCGCAGACAGAUCACCAGCCAAGGGCUCCAAUUUCAGCGUCUCCAAGCAGGGCCAUGAUUCAAGUGGGCAACGAACGCCACGCUCUGAUCUGGAGAUGCCGGAUCAAACUCCUGUGAUUCGGUCACGCCUUUCUGGGGGCCAGGGAUCUCCUGGUUAUAUACAGAGAGAUGUGGGACAUGUGGGACAUGUGGGACAUGUGCGACCUCACCUGCCAAAUGGACAUGGAGGCUUCUACACUAAGAGCGCCAGUGAGGCAGGGGAUACGAGCGGAGAAUUUGCGCAGACGCCAAUGGGCAACGUUCCCACGAGUACACACAGCCCCAGUGCUACUGUUAAAUCAGUCCCCUUGAGUCGUGUGAGUCGGUCAGGCCCGUCAGCCCCUCCAGAGAGCGUGUCAAGUAUGUGGCAAGAUCCACUGGAGGGAGCUGUACAGGCUGCAUUUGAUCAUUUGCAUAGCCUGCUGCAGCAGGUGGAGGACAUGCACCGAAUAUCACAUCCUGUGGCAAGCUUCCUGGCAUCUACCAGCUCGACUUCUUCAUAUUCUUCAUUGAAAGGUCUGAAUCUGGUUUCGAUGGCUGGUGCAAUCCACUCAUGGGUAGAUAGUUGUUUGAAGUUUCAGGAUCCCGUCCUUGCCACAUCAGUGAAGCAGUCUGCCUCACAUUUGCAAUGCCUGGCGAGCCUUUUGAAUGGCCAGUCAACAUCUUCAUAGUUCUUCAGGCCUUCCCAGAGAUCCCAAGUUGCAGAACGGCUUGUUAGGUGGCCUCACGGACUCAGCCUUGCAGCGCUGCAUCCAACAAGUUGCAAAAUACAAAUCCAGGCAAAAGGCGCGACAUGGCGCGACAUACCAAGCACAGGAGGUCUCUUGAAAAAGGCGACAUGUCAUUUUAUCGACUGCUGGGACACUGGGCUUCGCGUUGCAGAUACAGUCAUCGUCAUGAAUCCCAUCCAUCCUCCAGAUCGGGCACGUGCACUCGCCUCGAGCACCUCAGGCACCCUAGAGCACCCCAAGGCUGCUGAAAGUCCAGUGAAAGUCAAUCUGGUUUCACCUUCAACGCCCAGCUGAGAUCCCUGCGCAACUUGAGGGUCAGGAAAAAAACA